GAGAGAUUAAAUGGGUAUCAUUAGUUACAGACAGACUGUAAACCACUAACACACUUGAUAGCCUGUAGGGACCUAAAAUUAAUUCCCAUUCAAAAUCCUAUUUUCCCUAAACCUUUACCCUAACAUGUAACUUAACCAAACCCUAAUUCUAACCCUAAUCGUAAACCUAACCCCUAAGAUUAAAAUAGCCUUUGUCCUCAUGGGGAUGUGGGAAAUGUCCCCACAAGGUAGAACUAUCCUUGUUUUACUAUCCUUGUGGGGACUUUUGGGGAUUUCAGGUCCACACACACACACACAACUUUAGGAAUGGGACAUAUCAUAUUUUUAUAUGUAAAAGUAUCUUACUGCUCUAUUUUAUUUAGAAUUUACAGAAUCCUUCUAACUUGUUGAAACUCGCCGAACAAUGACUCCCACCAAGACAAGCCAGGACGGCUCUCACCGUGACAGCUCAGUGGUUGCAUCUGUCUCAAAUAGCCCCCCAACACAGAUGCAUAUCAACAAAGGUUCCACCCUAACCCCCUCUGAUGGCUCAGGGGACUCAGCAGGGUGGUCAGCCACUGUGAAGACCCCAGCCUCCGGGACCACCAGAGCCACAGCCAGCCAGGCCAGGGGAGCAGGAGCAAAGACCACAGAUACACGUUACGCCAAAAAGAACAUCCCUACUGUCAGAUAUCAUCCAGAUAUCAUCCUAGAGAAGAAUCCUGAGGCCCAUCAGUAUAGUCAUAGCCCUGUCAAGAGCAGCCAGGUCAGGGGUAAGCCUUUGGUCUCUCCCCCCAGGACCAACCAGGUUGGGGGGAGCUCCAUGGUCUCUCCCCCCAGGACCAACCAGGUUGGGGGGAACUCCGUGGUCUCUCCCCCCAGGACCAACCAGGUUGGGGGGAGCUCCAUGGUCUCUCCCCCCAGGACCAACCAGGUUGGGGGGAGCUCCGUGGUCUCUCCCCCCAGGCCCGAAGCCAUGCCUCUGGGGUUAGGUCAGAAGAUGGAGGGUGGCGUUGUGGAGGCGGUGGAGCUCCAGACCCGGGGCCAGAGAGAGAACCCCAGUUGGUUCGCCUGGCGUCAGAACCGCAUUACAGCGUCCAUCGCUCACAGCCUCGCCCACAGCCGCUUCGUCACUGGCAAGAGCCAGACCCCGCCUGCUUCCUAUCUGGCCGCCAUCACCGGCCGUGGCACCAACUUCAAAACCCGCGCCAUGAACUGGGGCAUUGAGCGGGAGGCCGAUGCCGUGCGGAGAUAUCAAAGCCUGAAGAGCAAGGCCCUGGGCCGGGCGGUGAGGGUGCAGGAGUGUGGCCUAUUCAUCGACCCCAAGCGCCCCUGGCUAGCAGGCAGCCCUGACGGCAUUGUAGAGGACCAGAGGACCGGCCAGCGGCUGCUCUGCCUGGAGGUCAAGUGUCCCUACAAGCACCGUCUGAACACUGUAGCCCAGGCCUGUAGAGAGGACCCAGCCUUCUGCCUGACGAUACAGGACCUGGGCGUGGGACAGGUGAGGUACCAUCUGAAACCAGACCACACCUACUACACCCAGAUCCAGUGCCAGCUGGCGGUGACAGGGUUAACCCAGGCUGACCUAGUGGUGUUCACCCUGAAGGAAACAGCCAUCAUCCCUGUGACCUUUGACCCUACAUUCUGGGAUGACACGCUGGUCAAGCUGGAGAUGUUCUACACCGACGCUGUCCUGCCCUACGUCAGAGACAACGGACUGGACGUACCAGCCAUGAGGCCAGAGGAGUAGCUAGCACUUAACACACAGGGGGUGGCUAGCUGGUUCAGGAUGUCAGAUAUAGAAGUCCUGAGACAAACUGUAGUUUGUGGUGAAGGACUGGUCUGGGUAGGGUAAGUGGUAAAGGGCAAUUGAGACUGCAUAGAUAAGUGGUGGAGGAACCUUCUGCUUUUGUCAGGUAGGCUUGGAGAUUUGAACCUAUCACUUUACUGUCAAAUAUUUGAAUGUAAAUAAACCAUGCCUGCCUUAAGACAUCUCAGAUACCUGGAGCUGAUUUCAUGUGUGCAGAGAUCAACCUAUAUGAUCAUCAGUAGUGUGGCAGCUGACCGGAACAUAGAGUAGUUGUGCUGGAGAUCGGCUGCUUAAAUGGACACUAGAAGAUUACAUGCUUAAUGAUCGUGAUGCUUUGCUCCAUUAAAACAAGACCAAACCACAUUAUCUGGUCUGGUGACUGAUGUUGUGUACAAGGUACUUGUGAAAAUAAUAUGUCAUUAUGUAAACAGAAUAACAAUGAGACUAACAAGUUAGUCCUUGACCUUUAUUACUGCAUGUGUCACAUUUAAUAAACAACUCUUAAAAAAAAGUGAA